GCUCCUUUUCAAAGGCUAUGUUUUUGUAAAAGGCUUUGUUAGAAACUAUUCAACCACAAACACUUUAGCAACACUAAGACAUUAUCAAAAGGAAUGCAUUGAAACAUGUUUGAAAGAGUUGAAGGAAGGUUGCUAUAGACAAGUGGUUUCUUUGCCUGUGGGAAGUGGAAAGACGGUAAUCAUGUCUAAUUUGAUUCCACGUAUCCCUUGUCCGACAGACAAGGCCAACAAGGUACUAUUGUUAGCUCAUAGACAGGAGCUAUUAAAUCAAGCUUAUAAUCAGAUCAAACGAUAUAAUCCAAAUUUGACAGUCGAGAUAGACCAAGGCAAACGAGUGGCCAACUAUGAAAGUGCCGAUGUCAUUAUUGCCUCUGUACCUACCCUAGGUCGAUCAAAAUCGAAUCGUAUCGACAACUUGGAUCCCAGUCAGUUCAAGGCCGUCCUGAUCGACGAAGCACAUCAUGCCGUCGCUGAUAGCUACCAAAAUAUCAUCCACCACUUUAGCGAGUCCAGCAAUAAGGUUCUCAUCUGGGGAUGCUCAGCCACGGUGCGGCGUCAUGACGGACUCAGUCUAGCAGACGUGUUUGAAAAGAUGACGUACCAUAUGGACUUUUUGGACCUUGUUGAACAAGGCUAUCUUUGCCCAAUGAAAGUGACAACUGUUCAGACCAGCAUUGAUCUCUCAGACGUACGCCACUAUGGAGGUGAUUUUGUGAUCAGUCAACUCUCUAACGCAGUUAAUAUCCGUGCACGAAACGAUGUGGUCAUCUCGAGCUGGAAAAACUAUGCAGCAGGAAGACAGUCGACUCUGGUCUUUGCAGUGGAUAUCCAGCAUACUCAAGACCUGUGCAAUGCAUUCAGGCAACAAGGGAUCGAGGCUAACUUUAUCACGAGCAAGACACCAGAGAUGACAAGACAGCAAAUCAUACAGGAUUUUAGAGAUAGAAAGUUACCUGUCUUGAUCAACUGCGCGAUUUUGACAGAAGGAACGGAUAUGCCAUCUGUGGAUUGCAUUUUGAUGGCUAGACCUACACGUUCAGCUACACUGUUUCAGCAAAUGUUUGGAAGAGGCUUGAGAUUACACAAAGGAAAGAAGGACUGCUUGGUCAUUGAUUUUGCAGAUAAUUUUGAAAGAGGUGGAACAGCAGGAAUAGUGACCAUACCCACCUUAUUAGGGUUAAGUUCAAAGAAGGAAUUGACAAAUGUAGAUAUCUUGGAUUUAGAAAAGCAAGCAGAGAAAGAAGAACAGGAGAUAGAGGAGCAAGAGAAAGAAGUACGAGCAGACGAUAAGAUAACAAAGAGAAAAGAUGGCCAAGAAGAAAAUCUUCCACAAGCGGAUGAUGGUAUUGAUUCUGAUGAUUCGAAAAUUCAAAUUAAAGUUACCGAAUACGGCGAGAUAAAAGAGUUGAUGGCAGACAUAUCCCCAAGAAAGAAUGUCAGGACUGCUUCAAGAAACGCCUGGGUAGAAAUUGGUGAUGAUAAAUGUGUGCUACUGGUCUUGACACGAGGAAGCCUUAUCCUCGAACGUGAAGAGUCAUCGAAUCUCUGGCACGGAUUCUUCAAGUAUAGCAGAAGAGAUACCUUUGCCAAAAGAUACUCAAUACCCAUCACAUCGGAUACCUUGACAGAUGCUAUCCGUGCUGCUGAUACCUGGCUGCGCAAGAAAUUCCCAGACUCGUAUAUCCACAACCUCAUAGAUCGAAACGCCAGGUUCCGAUUCGCUCCCUGUACAGAAGCUCAAAAAGAUGUAUUAGACGGAUAUAACAUCAAACCGAAACCAAAGCUAACAAAAGGACAAGCGAUGGAUCUCAUCACAAAGGUCAAGUAUGGACAGUUGAAGUUGUGGAAAGAGAAACAUAAAAAGUCGAAAAAGGAGUUUGAGGAGAGGCAGAAGUUCGCGUUAUUAAGAAGAAAGCCUGUAGCAAAGAUAUAAUAAACAAACACGACCUGCAUUUUUUUAAUUAUUGAAAACAAGGCCAAAAGAAGCAUAAAUAAGCAAUAUUACUGCAUAAUCUGCAAAUCAUUGUUAUUUUC